GUGGGGGGCAGGGGCAGACUGACCAUUCAGGCACUCGGGCACUGCCCAAGGGCCCGGGGUUAGUAGGGGGCCCCAUGAGAUGCCCCUGGUACCUUUCAUAGGCUUUUUUGGGUGUGGAUUGAGCAUGGGCAAGGACAAAGGUGCCCCACGAUCCCCUAUUGCCCGGGGGCCCCAUGAGUUGUCAGUCUGCCCCUGGUGGCAGGUAUUAACACUCCCAUCACCAGGGGCGGACUGACCAUUUGGAAACUCGAGCACUGCCCGAGGGCCCGGGGUCAGUAGGAGGCCCCAUGAGAUGCCCCUGGUACCUUUUUCAUAGGCUUUUUUGAGUUUGGGCAAGGACACAAGGGCCCUAUAAUCCCCUAUUGCCCGGGGGCCCCAU